CGGCGCGACUGUCCCCAUGUCUGUUUGUGAGCACUCUGUGCACCAGGAAAGAGAUGCUAGUAACAGAACAAACACACCGGAUGAUUCGGAGGGGAACGAGAGUGAGGAGAAGGCUGAUGAAGAUAGUGAGAGGGAGGAAGAAGAGUGGGAUACUGACCUUGAAGUAGAAGAAACCAAGGAACCUUUUGACCCAACUGGAAAGGCCAGAUACAUAGCAGCCUGCCAACUAUUUGGAGUGGUACCCGUAUCUUAUUUCCUGCGUCACAUGAAGGACUCUGAGCUGAUUAUGAAGCACCAUGGACUUGGCCCCCAGGGUGCCAAAGCUUUAUCUCUUUCCUUGAUGACCAACACCUCUAUCGUAAAGUUAAACCUGAGUGAUAAUUGGCUGAAUGGAGACGGGGCAGCUGCAGUUGCAGAGAUGUUAAAAGAAAACUGUUACAUUUCAGAUGUUGAUUUAUCUGACAACAGACUUGGAGUUCAAGGAGCUGCGGCCCUUUCUGCUAUGCUUCUGGAGAAUACAACAGUUGUUACCCUCAAACUUUCAGGAAAUGAGUUUAAUGACCAUGCAGCUAAGUACCUAGCUGAUGCCCUCCCAGCCAACAAUAAAAUGGAAUCUCUGGAUCUGAGUCACAACAUUCUUGGUGACACAUCAGGUGAGCUUCUUGGAAUGGCAAUAGCAGAAAACACUGGACUAAAGGAGCUUAAUAUCAGCUGGAACUACUUCCGUAACCAAGGAGCAGCUGCCUUAGCCAGAGGCUUCGAGGCAAACGUAUUCCUCAGAGUUCUGGACCUUUCCUACAAUGGCUUCAGUAACAACGGAGCAGCUGCCCUGGGGGAGGCCCUUAAAGUCAACAAUGUGCUGGAAGAGCUCAACAUUAGCAAUAACCGCAUUUCAGUGGAAGGAGCUCUGCGCUUUGCAGUAGGCCUGAAAGAAAACCGGACUCUGAAGAGCCUUAAUAUGGCCAGAAAUCCCAUGCAGAGUGAAGGCUGCUUUGGGAUUCUCAAAUCGAUACAAGCAAAUUCUGGGGCCGUGGUAGAAAUCCUGGACUUCUCAGAGAUCCCUGUGAACAAAGACUUUGCAGACCUGUGUGAUGCUGUGAAAAUGCUUUUCCCAAAUCUUCAGAUCAGACAUGGUGGAAAUGCAACAUUGCACAAAAAAGACCAACCGAAGGUUUCCCAGGAAUUUUCGUAACACUACAUGUGCUCAGUGGAAUCAAAAGUCUUCCUUUUAUUUGUGACUGGAACUGGAUGAGCCUUGGACACCCCAAAAUAUGUGACUCUUGGAUCAAAAGAAGGAAUAAUCAAUCUUACACUGAAUUGUGGGGACAGUUACCAUCUAUAAAUUGCCCCUCUCCAGUCCCCAAACAAUGAAAUUUUCUCCAAGAGGCAUCAUAUUGAGUGUGCCAAAGUAUGAGACUGCGCCUACCAUUGUCCUGGUAACAUAGGUUCCUGAUAUUCUGUGUUUUGUUGAAGCUUCACUUUUGGUACAGAAUGAAUGUUUGUCCUGUUCCAGGGUUGUGGGGAAAUCUGGUUGUAUCAUCUAUGCCAGGGGGAUAGCUCAGUGGUUUGAGCAUUGGCCUGCUAAACCCAGGGUUGUGAGCUCAAUCCUUGAGGGGAUCGU